AACGAGUGAUUGUGAAUAUAGUUAUUAUGAAAACGAUAUUUUUAUAUGUUUUUGCUGUACUGGCAUCAUCUGAAUCAAAAAAAUUGAUAGAGAGAAAACGACGGGGAUCAUUAAGGACGACAUUAUCUCCAACUACUCAUCUACAAAUUGCGGGGAUAGACAAUUUCGAUUUACAAAAUAGUGACUUAUAUGCUAGAGAAAGCGUAGACGUAGGAGGUACAUAUCAAAUUCUAACAAACUCUUUGGAAAAACCAGUACAAGAAUCUCAAGAAUACAUUCCUCCUCAGUCAAUUGCAGUAGCAAUUAUACCCAGUUAUCCACCUCCAGCGACACCCGUUAAUGCAGCUGCUUCUAACGUACCUGGAAAUGGAAACGCUGUAUUUUUAGGAUCAGGAUCUAUAGGAGUCGUUCACUUAGGAGGUGGUGCGUAUGUCCUUGGAUCUGGAGGUCUUGGUUAUUCUGAGAAAAGAAGAAAUCCACGCCCGUCAAUAAGAUCAUCUACUUUACCACCGAUUCGAGCACAUCCAAAUCUACUACCUGCCGCUGUCAAUUCCCAGCGAACUUCGCAGCAAACACCAAUUUUUAGUUAUACUUAUCCAACAGGUCAGCAGUUUCCUAUCGACGCUAACGGUUACGAAUAUCUGACACCAAACAAAGUCGGAUUUGGUGAUCCUCUACCACCGAGACCACUAAAAGUAACGAACACUUACGCUGUUCCUACUUCGUUGCAAAGCAGUCAGUUCAUCUCUCCAACCACUCAAUAUUCGCCACCCCAAACUAUAACUCCAAUGGAGGAUAACCAAAACAGUUCACCAGUUUAUCCAAAACGAGUUUCUAAUGUUUACCAACCGUCAUAUUUGAAAUAAAUUAAGGCUGAAAGAAAAACAUUGUGAUUUUAAUAUUUGUAGUGUUAUAGAGAAAAUUAAAGUUUCUUCUUGAAGUUCUUGAUGUUAAAACA